AUGUACGCAGCUAUUACGCUCUGCGUCUUCAUGUGCUUGACUGCUACCACCCAUGCAGAUCACCAUCAGCCUUGUCAUGCACCCAAUAUGACAGGAUUCAUGAGUGUGAUAUCCCUGAAGGGUGACGUGAAAGCAUUUGGUGCGUUCACUUAUGAUUCGAUGGGCAAGAAACUACGGUUCAGAUCAAACGAGAGCUACCCCACGAACACAUCCCUGGGCUUGGAUCUGCUGAUGUUAUUCGAUGAGGGCAUAUUCUAUGAGAUUGACAGCAAAAAUCAGAGCUGUGAGAAAAAAACACUGCAAUGCACCCAGCACCCUCUAGAUAUCCCAGAUGAUGCAACGUUCAUGAGCACCGUCAACAGUGGGAGUCCAUCAAUUGAAGGGGAGGGAAUAAAAGUCAGUGUAUGGAGAGGAGCGAUGGCAGACAUGAAGGGCCACUACUGCAUGUCUGUCACCAUGGGGUGUUUGCCCGUGUACACAAUGUACUUCCAUGAGUCCUCAUCAUUCAUUGUCAGCCUCACGGAGGUGGAAAUCGAGAUCAAGGAUCCAGAUCUUCUCGCGGUGCCCUCCUGUUGUCUGGCCCAGCCUCUGGAGGAGACCCCUGAAGGGACAGUCAAUAGCUUCCUCAACGAGUUCAUGUAGAUGAAACCUCGCCGGCAGAAAACCCGACCCCUAUACAAGUGUGGCCUGCCAGAACUUUAGACUUUCCUCUGCUUUUCAUGUGUGAAUUGAGCUUUUUGUGUGACCCUGCACUACAUCACAGCGGGUCCAAUCACAUCUUCCACCCCUUUAUGAAGAUAUGGCGUUGAAUGGAUCAUCCUGUAUACAUACAUGUUGAUGUAAAGGAAAGAGAUAUGACGUAGAAUUAGUCAUAAUUACUAACAGUUUGGUGGCUUUUCAAGUUGGCACUGCUUACAAAACCUGUAAGAUAGGAUUAAUGAACAAUAAAAUGUCAAAGAUGUCAA